ACACAAUUGGUAUCCCCAUGACAGACGCCAACUGGGCCAAGUACAAACAACUCCUCGCUGUCUUCGGAUUUGCCAGCGGCAUGGAUGCCAUGCUUGCUGUCGGGUCUGACAAGUUCGACAACUAUACCUAUGUCGUCGAUAGUACGAGUGCAGAGCAUGUGGAGGGUUGGAAGGCUCUAGCGAGUGCGAGUGAGAGAGACCUUGAUAUGGCUAUACUUCCACAAGAGCUAAUACAGAUCUGGAAAGGGAUGUGUGUUGAAGGUGGGGCUGGCUAUCCGGGUACCUCAAAGAAUUUUGAGCAGUAG